AUGAGCCCGCGAUACAGUCAGGUGAUGAUGGUCAGCGUAUACUCUAGUUUGACAGCUGUCAAUUAACCUUUAUUAGAAUGGCGAAUAUUCGAAUUAACAGACUACGAGUGUGAGUAAGACAUAUCCGUCCGGCUUGUAGUGGAAAAUGCCAGAUCGUGUACCUGAGCGAACCUGAGCCCACGUUAUUAGUUUUCUGAUAGUGGUCUGCACAUAUCCCAUUUUGACAGCUGUCAACUGACCUUACUUUAGUUUGCCAAAAUAACUUUAAACAACUGUCAGCCGACAGACAGCCCUGCCCGGGGUAGUUUCAUUUUUAUGUUGAAUUGGUAAGUGUGACAUAUUAUAUCAGCUUACAUGUUUGAUGUGAGCCCGCGAGAUGGUCAUGUGAUAAUUGUCAGCGGAUGUCUGAUUUUGACAGCUGUCAAUCUAAUCGUACUCAUACGGAUGGCUUACAAAACUGAAAGGCUAGUCAAGUUGUGCAAGAUCUAUGGUGACAUUUGACAUCGGCUUACAUGAAGUGUGUGUACGGGUGGGCGGGCGUACGCUACGUCAUAACCAAAUUUUCUCGGAUGGAUAGUUUACCAAAUUUUGUUACCCAUGGUGCUCCGCUGUGCGCGCUUCGCGCGCGGGAGCUCCGCUAUGAAGGAAACUAGUACCCUGCCAAUCUCAGGAGAAAGUUGGUUGUCUCACUUCCAGUCACUACACUCAAACCACAGGUAGCGCAAGCUCGAAAUAUGAGCUUUUGCGAGCAUCGGCAUUGUUGCCUAACAUUCGAAAUAUAGGGAUUUGUAUGGGGGAAAAAUCUCUGACGAAAAAAAACAUCUGACAAUGGCAGGCGAAGAAUAUUCCACAAGUAGCAUUAAGUAAACAGCUAGCUAAGCAAAAAUUCAAGUCACUGGACGAUUAAAAACAAACUUUAAGAUAAAAACAGAAAAACACCUAUGUGGAAGAAUAAAGACAAACAUUAACUCAUGUAAUUUAAAAAAAAGAAACUUAAAAUGAAAUACAAAUCUUGAAAAUAACUUUCAAAAUACUUCACAACAGUAUCACCCUUUACUACAAUUACAUUCAUUAGGUCAUUUGAAUGUUUAACGGUGAUUUGCAGUUUCCUACGUCUUGAUCAGAAGUUGAAGUUUUCCGGUUGAAAUGUUAGUAUUACCCUGGUCGCUGAGGUUUUUCUUGAAAUGUGUCUCUUUCUCACGUGGAAUAAAAUUUCGGAGAGCAGUAAACGUUUGUAUUUAGAUGAUUAAGCAUACUGACUUUAUUUACGGAUACGUUUGCCUUAAACCAUUUCGGCCAACACGCCAAAUUCUAAUUUAUUAUUCUUUUUUUCUUUCAGCGUCAAUAGGGUCUGCUAGUACCAACUGUGAAGUUUUCAACAUGCCAGCCAAUCCUUCUUGUGGAAUUCCAGUUGUAGACUUUAGCGCAAUGGGUCUAGAGGUCAAGGAUCCAGAUCUAAGCAGCCAAGCUGUUAAAGACCUUGCUAAUGAAGUGUACCAAGCUUUCAGCACAAUUGGAGUCGUUUAUAUUACAAACUAUGGAAUCCCACAAGAAACGGCAAGUCUAUCCUGUUCUAGUCAAUAA